AUGGCGUCAAAUGUAACCCUCUCAACUCUACACAAGGAUCGAGGCAAUGUCAAAAGACUUCUCACCACGCUCGAGAAGAAAUUCAAUGCUCAAGAAGUCUCGAUUGCUCUCGCAAAUGCAAUGAUGCAAGAAGUGCAAGAGAUUCAGAAGAAAUUUGAGUCCAUUGAUCAACAGUUGAUGGAGCUCACACUAGACGAUGAUGAGCAGGCGCUCAAGGAAGAGAAAGAAUCAGAAGGUAUCUACCAAAGAUGCAUGGAAAUCAAGCUUUCUCUUGGAGAGUUUCUUUUUGAGAACAAUCCACAAGCGUCUGCACAACCAACUACACAAAGAGAUGACGCAAACUCCAACCUGGACUCUGUGCUCUCCAAUCAGACGAAUAUUAUGCGACAGAUGCUGGAGCUUCAGAGAACAUCGAUGACAUCAUCAUCAUCAGGACAUGGUGGUGUUCGCACAAAACUACCACAACUCACACUACCUACGUUUGAUGGUCGCUACACUGAGUGGUUGAACUUCAGGGAUGCUUUCCAGAGCACAAUACACGAAAAUGAUGACCUCAAGGACAACCAGAAGAUGCAAUAUCUCAAGAGGGCAUUGACUGGAGAAGCAGCUGAAGAGAUUGGCAAUGUGCAAAUCUGUGACCGCAACUACGAGCCAACUUGGGCAAGACUUGUGAAGCGAUAUCAGAAGAAGACUCAUUUGGUGAAUGCGCUCAUAGAAGAAUUCUUGGCUCAAUCAAGGAAAAAAGUGGAAAAUGUCUCGGAUCUACAAGCCGCAAACCGCAAAUAUAAGCAGAUCUUUGACAGUUUGAAUUCAUUGGGCGAGGAUUGUAUGACGCUGGAUAUUUGGCUGAUUUAUCUGAUGAAGCUAAAUAUGAAUGAGAAUUUCCGCAUCAAAUGGGAAGAGGGUAGGACCGCUGAGAAGAUGGCAACACUAGAAGAGUUCUUUGAUUUUAUGACCCAGCAGACAGAUGUGAUGGAGAGAGCAGCCAUGGAUGUUUCGAAACCUCCUUCCUCAGAAGCAAAAGGAUCUUCAAAAUCAUCCAAGACGGGUAUCAAAACACAUCACACAGAAGUUCAGCAAUGUUUCAAAUGCGGAGUUGGACAUCCUCUCUUUAUGUGCGAUGACUUCAAGGCUCUUACUGUGGAUGACAGGCGAAACUUGGUCGCAAAAUCGACGCUCUGUUUCAAUUGCCUUAGGAAUAAUCAUUCUUCGAAGAAAUGCCUGUCUAAGGCAAGAUGUCACAAGUGCGGGAAGCGUCAUCAUAGCUUGCUACAUUUGCCACAAGUUGUGGGAGCUAAUCCGCAAACUCAAAUACAAGGAACAGAGAAAGGCAGUGUUCCGGCACUCACGCAACCAGUUGCACCGCCAAUUUCACAAGUAAAUGCGACACAACAAACACCUUUGCCUCAACCAGGACCUAGCGGAAGUUCUGGAGUGAUCACACACCAUUCAUCAGUUCAUCACAGAGCUUUGCUACCUACAGCACUCGUGAAUAUCAAGGAUGUCUAUGGUGAUUAUCAACAAUGCCGAGUGUUGAUAGAUGGAGGCGGAGAAUGCACAAUGAUCUCGGAGGAUUGUGCACAAAGGUUGUCUCUUCCGAGGCGACAUGCUCGAAUCCCUGUCACUGGCGCUGCUGAAGUGGCAAUCGGAUUCACUCGAGGGCUGGUCCAGCUGGAGAUCAGUUCAAUCUACAACCCAGAUGAGAAGAUACAAGCUGAAGCCUAUGUUAUGCAGAAGGUGACAUCUCUGCUGCCACCGGCAGCACUCACAGAGAAGAAAUGGCCACACAUUGAUUCUUUGCGUUUGGCUGAUCCUCAGUUUAAGACGCCAGGAAAGGUAGAUGUUAUCCUUGGAGCAGAAUACGCUCUGGCCAUCACUCUUCCCCAGAUAUUGAAGGGCAGCGAGGGGGAACCUAUCGCUCAACUCACUAUCUUUGGCUGGAUAGUGGGAGGAAAGGUGUCUGGAGAAGUGAAGUCUUUUACAUCUCUUCAUACUCAAUGUGACCUGAAUGAGACGCUCAAGCGAUUCUGGGAAGUAGAAACUAUCAUGCCAAAGAAACCACAUCUCACCGAGGAGGAGCAACUGUGUGAAACACAUUUUGCUGAGACACACACUCGAGACAAGUCAGGCCGAUAUGUAGUAAAAUUGCCAUUCAAGCCUUCUCAUGAAGACUUGGGUGACUCAGCAACAAUUGCCAUGGCUCGUCUGCAGGCCAUGGAAAGGCGCUUCGCAAGGAAUCCAGUGCUUCAGCAAGGAUACAAACAAUUCAUGGAUGAGUAUCUGGCAUUGGACCACAUGGAACUCGUUCAACCGGACGAGCUUGAGAAGCCAAACAGCAUGAAGUAUGUACUGCCCCAUCAGGCAGUCAUCCGACCAACAAGUGAAACUACAAAGCUCAGGGUAGUGUUCGACGCAUCCGCGGCGACUCGACCAAACAAACCAUCUCUGAAUGAAGUUCUAGCCGUAGGACCACCCCUACAAGAUGACCUGCUGGUGCUACUUCAAAGGUUCAGGACUCAUCAAGUGGCUCUAUCAGCAGAUGUAGAAAAAAUGUACAGACAAGUUCUUGUGUCUGAAGCUGAUAGAGACUUCCAGAGAGUCUUCUGGAGGCAAGCACCAACGAAGAAAGUUCAGACCUAUCGUCUCAAGACCGUGACCUAUGGAACAUCGUGUGCUCCAUAUCUCGCAAAGAAGGUUCUUCAACAAAUUGCUCACGACUACAGGAGUGAGUUUCCGGAAGCAUCACAAGCUAUUCUGUCCAGUUUCUACAUGGAUGACUUGUUGUGCGGCGCAGCCACUGUUGAAGAAGGAAAGAAACUGAGACGAGAGAUUCAAGAGGUUCUCAACCGAGGACAUUUUUCCCUCCGGAAGUGGUCUUCGAACUCAGAGGAAAUCCUGGAAGAAAUACCAUCAGACAUGAUAGCCAUUACACCUGACGAAAUCCGAACUCAGUCAAAAUCCAUUUCAGCUCUUGGAUUGAAAUGGAACCCAGGGAAUGACACAUUUUCAUUAAUGAUUGACACUCCACCACCAGUUACCACAAAGAGGGAGUUCAGAAAACAUUUGACCCCUUGGGAUUUGUCACACCAUGAGCUGCCACCAGAAGUUCAGGAUCAUUAUCAGAAGGUUCAGUCUCAAUUCAAGUGUCUCCAGGAAGCUGAGAUUCCAAGGAUUAUUCCUGCCAAAGAGGGUGUAAUCGAGUUACACGGUUUUUCAGAUGCUUCUGAGAAAGCAUUCAGUGCUGUUGUCUACGCCAAGGGAAUUGAUGAAAAGGGACAGGCAAUAGUGAAUCUAGUUAUGGCUAAAUCCCGUGUAGCACCGCUCAGCCCAAUCACAAUUCCAAGGAUGGAAUUAAAUGGAUGUGUUUUGCUCGCGCAAAUCAUGGAAAAACUGAAGGAUGCUUUGUCCAACCGGAAGAUUGAGGUACAUGCUUGGACAGACUCCAUGAUUUGUCUCCAAUGGCUCAAAGAUGAUCCCCGAAAAUGGAACCGAUAUAUCGGGGCAAGAACAAGUUUCAUCAUGGAAAUCAUCCCACCUGACCGAUGGCGACAUGUAUCAUCUGGCGACAAUCCUGCGGAUUGUGCUUCAAGAGGACUUCUACCAGAAGAACUGAUGCAGCACCAUUUGUGGUGGCACGGGCCAGAUUGGCUCAAGAAGGAUGAAACUCAUUGGCCAGCUACCAAAAUCAUCAAAAAAGCCGAUCCUGAUGAAGCAAAAUCCACCAAGAUGCAAGUAUUCACGUCACAAAACACAGAGGAAUUUCUGUUUGGUCUCCUUGAGAAUCAUUCGGACUAUCUACGGACUGUAAGAGUGUUUGCCUUAACCUUGCGUUUCAUCAAAAACACUCAAGUGACAGAAGACAAACGUGAGAAAGGAUUUGUGACUGUGGAUGAACAAAACAACGCAGCUGAUCGUAUAUUUGCUUAUAUCCAGCAACAAUACUUUCCUGAGGAGUACAAGUGUCUCAAUUCCGGAAAACCCCUUCCCAAGUCAAGCAAAUUGCGACAUUUAGUGCCCUAUCUGGACGAUUCAGGCGUGAUGCGAGUUCUAGGAAGACUACGACAUGCUCAGGUGCCAGAGAGAACUCGCCACCCCAUCAUCUUGCCCAGCCAACAUCCGUUGGUUAGGAGCCUAGUGACUUUCACACACAAAACUCAUCUUCAUUCAGGUGCUCAGCUGACUCAGGGCAUCCUACGCUCAAAGUAUUGGAUAGUGGGGAUGAGAAAUCUCGUGAAGGAUGUCAUCCGGAAGUGUGUGAUUUGUGUGAAAGCCAAGCCAAGAACGGAGAGCCCACUCAUGGGAGACUUGCCAGCCGUGCGAGUCCAACAGUGUCGGGCAUUCUACAAUUCUGGAUGUGACUUUGCCGGGCCUUUCCGGAUUCGUGCCUCUUACCUGAGGAAAUCUGUGGUCACAAAGGGAUACAUCUGUGUAUUCGUGUGUAUGGUAACCAAGGCCAUACACCUGGAAGUUGUCAGCGACUUGAGUACCGAGAAGUUUGUCGCUGCCUUGCGCCGUUUCACCGCCCGUAGAGGUCAUUGCCAGACGCUCUACUGCGACAACGCGACGAACUUUGUGGGAGCCGCAGGAGCUACUCGAGAAGAUCGACUGAAAGGCAUUCGUGAUCACCAAAACAAGGUAACAAAGUUCAUGUCUAGUUACGGAACUCAGUUCCACUUUAUUCCGGCAUAUUCUCCAACCUUUGGGGGAUUGUGGGAGAGAGGUGUGGGAAAUGUCAAAACUCAUCUCAAGAGAGUCUUGGGGGACUCCAUCCUAACUUUUGAGGAGUUUGCCACUGUAUUGACUCAAAUAGAGGCGUGUGUGAAUUCACGUCCGCUCUGUGGAAUGUCUCUGGAAAUAGAGGAUCAGGAGCCAUUGACACCAGCCCACUUUCUGGUGGGACAUGCACUAACACUUGAAGCCACAGACGAAGAUUUCACCGAAGCAAAUCCCAAUCGCCUCACCCGCUGGAAGCUACUACAGAGAUUUGUCCAGCAUUUCUGGAAGAGAUGGAAUCAAGAAUACAUCACUUCACUUCAGCAGAGGCCCAAGUGGUGUACAUCAACCAGAAAUCUCGAGAUUGGUGAUUUAGUUCUUCUCCGGGAGAACACGAUGAAGCCAGCAGCAUGGAAAAUGGGACGUGUGACAGCCACUCAUCCUGGAAAGGAUCUUGCCGUACGGGUUGUCACAAUCAGGACGAAGGAUGGACUGCAGAAGAGAGCAGUCAACACUCUUGCGAAGUUGCCAGUGGAGUAA